AUGUCCAUUAAAGACAUUUAAAAACUAUAAUCUCUAUUUCAAAUUAAUAACAGCGUUGUUUAAGAGUAUUUAGGAAUCAAGUUGAUAAAUUAAACACUUAUUGAUUAAGUAUUGCCCACAUGAUAACUUUUGUAGUUGGUGAAUUGUGAUAGUGCUAGUGAGAUUUAAAAAAUAAAAAAAAUAGAUGGCUGUAAAGAUUGGGAUAAAUUAAAACAAAAAUUAUUAGCCUAUUUUGUAGCAUCUCAAAUGACUUAUGGCUAACCUAUUCAUAAAUAUAUAUAAUAAGCAUAUGAAGACUUUAUAAUUAAAUACCAUAUUUUCUAUGAAGGAUUAAUUGAAUUUCAAACUUGUUCCAUGUUAAAUCAAUAUCUAUUAUUAAAAUAGAAAUUACUUAAAGAUAAUUAGGAUCUCAAAAUGGAAUUUCGUAGAUUAAUUAACAUGUUAAUUUGGAAGACCAAUUAAUUGCAUUUUCUAAUUCGAAUUAUUAUCGGUUACAUUAGCUAUGUGAAAAUAAGCUAAUAAAUUGGUAAUGUGGAAAGAGUAUUUGAAUAAAUAGCUAAAUUAAUUGAAAAAUCACUUAAUAAUGGAGCUAAUUAUCAUCAUUUGAUAUUCAAAAUGGAUGUUUAAUUGUUCUCAUCCUAUUGGAAUAAAAUUAUAAAAGUUAGUAACAAUGAUACUAAUGCUCUCAUUUUAGUUUAAUUGUUAUAAUAAUCUCAAUUCUAUUUUAAUGAUUACAAUUUCUAGAGUGAUAUCAUAAAAACAUUACAAAUCUUAUAGAAAUCAAAACUAUCCAUUAAUUCAAUUUCCAAAUUAAAUGAAGAUACAAAACCUAAAAAAUAAGUGAAAAAACCAAUCUUAUAAAUUAAUAAUUUGAUGCCUGAAGAAUUUCAUAAAGAAUCCUCUAAAACUAUUAAUAGAUAUUUAGAUUUAGGUAAGAUUGUUAAAACAGAACAAACUUAAACAUCAAUAACUAGUAAAAGAAUAAUUAAGGCUUCUGCCUCUAAACUUCUUAAUUCACAAUAUUAACAUAUUGAAGAAGAUCCAAUCUUCUAAAUACAAGUUGAAAAUUAUCACAUCAAUAAGAUUGUUAGAAAAGGAUGUUUUAAACUAUAAAAACCAGUGACUUUAUCUACAUGCACUUGUAUAUUUUAUUUAUUAUCAUAGAAAGAUUCAAAACCUAGGUUUCUGCUUAAGAAGAUUUGCCUUUACUUACAUUUUAAGAUUUUGAAUAAGAUCAUCAAGAUUCAAUACUAGAAUUACCUUCUCCUGUUAAACCAGCCACUGAAUCAGAUCACAAGAUUUAAGGUAAAGAUCACAGUAUUACUCAUUCUUAAUCAUCUUAAGGAAAAAUUGAUAAACUUAAUAAUCUAAGUAAUCCCUAUAAAUUAAAGAAUUUGAUUAGUUCUAGAUUCCAAUAAAUUUUAGAUAUAGCCUAACUUAGUGCAUCUUCAACUCCAAAAAAUGCUGAUUUAGGUAAAUCUUUAAGAAGAUAAAAAACAAUAUCAAUAAAAAAAGAAUAAAAAGAAUGUUAAUAAUAAUAACCAUAAUAACUCUCGAUAACUGUAAUAUAAUAAAUACCAUCCUAAAAAGAACCAGAUCCAUUGAAUUCAGAAAGAAGAAGAAGUGGAAUGGUAGUAAGUUCACCUGAUGCAGCAUCUCAAAUUAGUUAAGCCAUUUAAAAAUCUAGUCUAGAAAGUGUACCUACUAAAUCAUAGAUAACAAUUACAUUACCAUAGUCAGUAUAAUAAUAGGCAUUAUUAUUCCAAUAACAAAAUCCUCAAAUUAAUGGUAAACGACCUUAAAGAAGAAAUGUAUUAACAUUAAGGACUGCAACAACAUUUUUUAUGGAAUAAUCUAAUGCUUAUAUUCCAAAAUUUCAAUUCUCAUUGUGCUAUCAUAGUAGAACAAUUUAAUGGUUAUGUGGAUUAUAAAUAACAUCAUCUGAUAAUAUUCUUAUUGGAUUUUAGGAUACAACAAAUAAUAAGAUUGUAUAUAGGGCAAAAUUAUAAAAUUUAUAAAUUGAUAAUACUAAGAAUUGGGCUUAGAUAAUUGAAGUUUUUGUAAAUGAAUAUUAAUUAUAAACAUCUUAAUGUUUAUAGUAUUUGCAUUAUAAUUCAAUAAUGAGUAAUAGAAAAAGUGAUAAUUACAAUUUUAUUAAGUUUCCUAAUUAUUAAUUUGAACUUGCUAAAAAUGAAAUAGAAUAAAUGGGAAUCUUAAAGGAUUUAUUUAGAUGGAUGUAUACAACUUAUUUAUAUGAAUAAAUCAAUAUUACAGGGAUUAGAUUGAAAUUAUAUACAGUAGAGAAAGACAAGACUUUGAAUGCUUAUAGAGAAUUAAUUAAUGUAGUAAAUCUAUAUAGAAGAAUGAUAAUAUAAUCAACUCUUUGUGAUGAGAAAGAUAAAUUCCAUUUAUUAAUUCGAAGUUAUGGAGGUAUUAUAUUAUUUAAUAUAAUAGAAUGUAUAAAAAAUAAUAUUAUUCUUUUGAAUAGAAUACUAAAUUUUAAGAUAAAUAAAUAAAAGGAUUAAUAAUAUAUGAUACAUAAAUAAUUAGUAAACCUAAGAAAUUUAAGUAUAACAAAUGAUGAAGAAAAUAUAUUUUUUAUUAUAAGAGUCAGUAUUAUAUUAUAGAAAGAAAAGUAAUAAUAAAUAAUUAUGAAUUAGUAUAUUGUACUAUAAAAAAAAUGAUUACCAUACAAAAUAUUAAGUAGAUGUAUUAUUUGAGGCAAUCAAUAGUCCAAUAAAGAUUAAACCAUUAAGAUUAUAAUUUGAUGCAAUAGAAAAAAUAUUAGAGAAAAGAUAUCAUAAUAAUUUAAAAUAGAUUAUAAAUUAAAUAUUUUUCUCUUAAAGGAAAUGUUUGAAUAUGUUUUAUGAAUUUAUAGAUUAAAAAUUGAUGAUUAAUGAAUAAAAGUAACUUUAAGUUAGAAUGAAUAUAUUUUCCUUACAUGAUGCUUAAAAAAUGGAAGCUUGUGGAAUGAAAUUAGGUUUUCUCAUUGAUUUAUAAACAAAAGUAAAACCUUUUGCUAUUACAGAAAUAGAAAGAUACAUUUAUGAUGAUACCUAAAAAAAAUUAGAUUAUUAAUCUAAAUCAUAAACUAUUCACAAUAGAGAACAUAUGUUUGAUAAACAUUUUGCUUAAAUAUUUGGUGAAGAUAUUUCAAAUAAUGAAUAAUAACAUUUUCAUUAAACUACUUUAAUUGACUUAGUAAAACGAUAUUAAGUAAAUAUUAAUGCUGAAGUAAAAUAAGAAAUUGAUACAAAAAAAGUAGGUCCCAUUAUAAUUUAUUAAGAAAAUCCCUUUACUGAUGUACAUAAUGAUGAUUUAGAAAAAUUGGAGUCUUAAUUUUUUAGUAAAUAAAACUUAUAGCUAAAUAAAAUUUUAAAAUAUAGAAUAUAAUUAAAACAUCUUGCUAUUCAAAUAUCCUUGAUUGAUAAAUAAAUAAUAUUAAUUUAUCAUUAUAAUUAAAAAUUGUAAAGAUUACAAAUAACACCUAUUGAUGAAGAAGACAAUAUAUUAUCUAAUAUAAUUUAACUUAUUUAAAAUGGACCUACUUGUUGGAUUGUUUAAAUGCUUUAUAAGAAAAUAAGCCAAAGAGCUUUAAAAUAAUCUUUCAUUAGUUCAUAAUUAUCUGAUGGAUUUGAAUUAUUGAAAUAUAAAAAAUCAAAAAGUUAAUUAGCAGAAAUACCUUCUUAUAAUGUAUUACAUUAUUAUAUUUUAAAUAAUUAUAUGGUAUUAUUAAAAUAUUUUACUUUGAAAUAAUUUGUGAUAGUUUAGAAAAUUAAAAAUUAUGGAAAAUAUUAAAUAACAAUUAAAGUAUUCUUUAGAUGUUAAAAACCAGAUAUUCUAAAUGAGAAUGAUUAUUUUUUAAUGAGAAUAGAUUUUUAAAAUAUUAUGUUAAAAACUGGAAUGAUGAAAAUGAUCUUUAAUAAAUAUGAUAUUACAGAAAUGUUAAAAAUAGAUAUACCAUAAAAUAUGACUGAUGCAAAUAUUGUUUAAACUGCUAUGAAUAUAUUUUAAAAAUGUCAUUUAGGAACAUUUACAUUAAGUUAUGUUCCAUUUUUUGCUGUUAAUCAAGAUGAUCUAAAAUAAAAUGAAAGUUAAAUUACACAUAAUUCAUAUGAAGAUCAUUCUACUAAAAUUAAUGUUCAAUAAAUUAGAAGAAUAGGCAAUUUCCCUGAAAAUACAACAUUCAAAAAAUCUGAUCUUUGUAAAGGCUUCUUAGAACAUUAUAUAAAAAAUAGUAGAUUAAUUGUUACUCACAUCAAAAAGUCUUAUUUGAUACAUUCAAUAUCAACUGGAUAAUUGAUUAAAAUAUCAAAUAAUAAAAUUUCUUAAUUAUUAAAUGAUUAACAAUAAAUGAUAGAUUAUGUUAUAAUCUAAAUUUACAGACAUUUAUUAUUGGACAUUUGGAUUAUUAAAGUUUAUGUUCCAAAAACAACUAGAUAAAUGUUAGGUCUAUUGAAAUCAGAAGAUUUUAAAGAAAAUGACAGCAAAGAUUUAAUGGAUAGUAUCAUAAUAUAUAAGAAACAAACAAUUAUGAGUUUUAAAGAUUUAGAUUCAUUUACAGAUAUCACACCUAGAUAAAGUGUUAAUAUGUAAAAAUCAAAUCAUAGAUGGAGCUAAAAUAAAAUAUCAUAAUUUCAUUCACCAGCUGUCUCUAGUAUUUAUGCUUAAAAUCAAAUGGCCUAAUCUUCAGCUAUUCCUUACUAUUUAAAUGAUUUCUUUUAUCUUACUAAAUUAGUUACUGAUUUUACUGAAUAUCAUCUAGAUAAUGGAAAUAAGGAAUAAUAUAUUGUUAAAGAGAAAUUAAUUUGGGUCAAUAUUAUCAAUAAUAAUUUUUCAUUAGAAUAACAUCCUAAAUAAUAAAAUUGUUUUUUAUCACUUUUAUUUGAUUAAAAAGAAAUCAAUCUAUAAGAACUCCUAUUUUAACGUUAUAUUAGAAUUGAAAGAGUUGGUGAAUCACACAUUGAAUUUUAUAUGAAAUAUUCAUAAAAGACUGAUCAAUUAAAAGGUAUUGCUCUUCUUAAAGGGAAAAUAAAUUAAUUAAAUUUACAUAAUAAUAAAUUCCCUAGUAUAAUUAGUGAAGCUAAAUUAAAUGAGGAAUAGAUUAAAUAUUUAAAACGUACUUGUAUUUUCUUUCCUUUUGAUGCCAUCAAUUAUGCUAAUACAUCUAAUUUCAAUAUUGAAUUGAAGUAUUUCUCAUAUAAUAAAUUUACAGAAGUCAAAGAAUAAAUUAAUUUAAGAGAAUUACUUAAUUUAUAUAUAGCAGAUGGUUUUUACAAAUAUUAAACUAAUUAUAUGAAUUCUAAGCUUAAUCAUUCAGAUAUUAUUAGUAUAUGUUAUUAUAUGAUACAUAAAAUUAAGACUUAAAACUUCUUAAAUUUAAGUCAAUAUCAUACAAUUCCCAAUUUAAACUCAUUAAAAACAUAAAAAUUAUCUAAUAAAAUAUAAAAACCUAUUAGAUUAUAAAUAAAAACAUUUAAAAAACCAUAUAUUUUCAUAAUUUCUUUAUUAUACAAUGAAGUAUAAGUAAUUUGUAUAAAUUGGAAAACUUGUCAUUAAAUUAAUGAUGUAUUUUCUUUUAGUUACUUAAAUGAUCAUAUUAUGCAUUUCAAACUAUUAGUUGAAAACCAACCUAAAUAAGCAUUACAUAAGAUAGCAAAGAUAAUUGAUAAAUUAAUGAAUCUAAUAUUCAUAAAAUGA